GUAAACUGAUGCUAAAUGUCGUUAUAUGUUAUGGCAAUCAAUAAAGAAGCUUGCUGAGAGGAAGUUUUGUGGGUGUAACCGCCUUUACCGUUUUUUUGAGACGGCCUCUAACCUUUAGCUGGCACUCCCUCUAAACAAGUCCCUGCUCCCAGACCCAGACCUCCCACUUGUCAAACCUGUUUAGACACCCCUAUUUUUUUUUUAGCUUUUUAGUUGUUUAUGUCACAGUUCCUUUAUUGAUUUCUGUUGCAGUUUUCCGCAGCCAGUGCUUUGGAUGUCCAAGUACAAACUCUUUCUGCUCAGGCAUGGAGAGGGUGCCUGGAACAAAGAGAACCGCUUCUGCAGCUGGGUGGACCAGAAGCUGAGUGAGAAUGGGCUGAAAGAGGCCCAGGAGUGUGGCGCCCUCCUGAAGGAGCAAGGCUAUAAGUUUGAUUUGGUGUUCACCUCCAUACUCAGCCGCUCCAUCCAGACGGCGUGGCUGGUGAUGGAGGCCAUGGGCCAGGAGUGGGUCCCCGUUGUCAAGUCUUGGAGGCUUAACGAACGCCACUAUGGGGCCCUCAUCGGACUCAACCGGGCGGAGAUGGCUCGGGAGCACGGAGAGGAAAAGGUGAAGUUAUGGAGAAGGAGCUACGACAUCACUCCGCCUCCGAUUGACGAAUCCCACCCUUAUUUCCUGGAGAUCUACAACGACCGCAGAUACACCACGUGCGACGUGCCGAAAGAGAACCUGCCCCGAGCCGAGAGCCUGAAAGAAGUGUUGGACAGGCUGCUUCCAUACUGGAACAGCACCGUUGUACCAGAGAUAAGGAAAGGGAAAACGAUUCUCAUUUCUGCUCAUGGAAACAGCUGCAGGGCACUGCUGAAACACCUGGAAGGUGUAUCGGACCAGGAUAUUGCCAAAGUGACUUUACCUACCGGGGUCCCUGUGCUGCUCGAACUGGAUGAAAAUCUCAGACCCACGAAACCGCGGCAGCUGUUGGGCGACCAAGAGAAGAUUCAGGCGGCCAUUAAAAAAGUUGAAGACCAGGGAAAAGCCAAGCCAUCAACUUGAACACAACAGAGGGAUUAUUUAAUGUGACAUUUAACACAGCACUGCCCCCAUCGCCCAGGCGCUCUUAAACCUUAGUUUAUAACAGAUUUUAGUCAAGAAUAGGACACAAUAGUAGGCAAUAACAGUGGCAGGCUGCAGUUGGUCAGACUUAACAGGUCAGCCUGAGCCUUACAGUCCAGUUACUGUGUGUGUGGAACUGAGCUUGAUCAGUUUAAGGGCAGUGCUGCUCUCAGCCAGGGAAUAGUUCUACUAAAAGUAUCUCAGUGUGGGGCUGAAUUGUGUUGUUAGCGCUGAAGGGGUCUUUGGUCUUUGUCUUAUUUGUCAGUGAAUUCGCCAUGUCCCACCUAAUUUAUUUACCCUGAAACUCCACUGAUUUAUGUUUAAAAAAAAAAAGCACUGUGAAGUCUGUUUGCCUGUUACAUUGGUUAGCUUGGGGAAUGUUAGACGUGCCUUCAAUAUUGUUGUGUUACUUCUUCUACAGCUUCCUGUUAGGUACCAAAUAGGUCUAAUAUUUAAGAAUAACUCUGUUUACAAGUCUUACCUCGUGAAAACUAAGAACCAGUCUGUUCAUUCCAAGAUCUGGGUCACUGUAAGCCACAGAAAUGCUGUAAAUAAGCAAAGCCAGUCACAUCCCUUUUAUUUAUGAAUAACUCCUACUUAGCUAAGGGUCACCCAGUGUGACAAGUGAAGCUGUUUUUCACUGUGGUUGACACAAUGCAUCAGCUCCAAUAAGGAAUAGACUGAGUUUCAAAAACAUGUGGCUUACAACAUACUGAUGAUAGCUGGUUUAUGCUUACUUUGUUUUGGGGGGAAUUUCAGUGAAUUUUAAGCUAAAGAAAAGUACAGACGGGUUGAUAUGCAUGCCUGAUGGAAAUAAUUUGAUAUAAAUAUUGAAUUAUAUCGCACAGUCACUUUUUUCUGUAGCAUUGACAUACGUUGGGUUUUGUGAGGUAUUUUUUUAAUGUUAAUGUUAGUGUAUUAUGUCUCCUGCCUGUGUUGUGAAGAUGUUAAAUGUUCACCAUCUGGGGCUUCUGUCUUUUUAUGCCGUGCUUCCUCAUCUCUCCUAUUUGUACACUGGUUUGUUUUUGCCUACAGAGAAAAGUGAUAAAUUAAGAACAUCUACCCUAUCAUUCUUAGGGUAGAGAGCACUGAUAGGUUUUUAUAAGUUUAUGUGAUACUGUCCCUGUGGGUAAAAGCUUUGCUUGAUGAAAUAAAACAGAGUUUAAA